CCCGGCGAGUUGGGGCUGAGAUCUGGGAUGCGCUGCGCAUGGCGACGAGUUUCCGGGGCAGUCUGGGAUGUGAGGGACUCGCAGCACCCCCACGGGCCCUGUCCUGUUGUUGCUGCCAUGGCUUAGAAAGAGAGAUGUUGGGGUUCCUAAGACCAGCGCUCAGGUGGACGUGACCUCUCAUGGGCUUUCAAAGGAGGCUAGGCCUUUUGCUGACUGGCCUGACCGUGGGGCUGCUGCUGUUCUUCAGCUGGGCGACGCUUGCUCAGCCGACCUCUCUCUCAGCAUUGGCCCACCACCCUCACUUGUGCCAGACCACCUGGGAUGCUGAUGGCCGCCGCUACCCCGGUUUUUUCUGUCCUCGGCUCUCGGAUACCCCGGAGGAAGCCUUCUGCUGCCACCUGCAGGCUGCAGGGGGCUCCUGCUGCACCCAGGCUGAAUUUGAGGCCUUGUACCAGGUCAACCUGUCCGCCCUUCCGCCUCCACCCAUCCUCAGGGGUCGGGGUCCGCUCCUAGCCCUGGGCCUCUAUACCCUGCUGCUCGUGGCCCUGAUGACUGCCGACCUCGUGCACUUCUGCCGCGGUCGCGGCGGGGGCCGGCGCCAGCGCCCCAGCCGUCUUUCCUCUCGGUCCUCCGCCGCGCGCCCCCUGCAGGUCCCGGUGGGGACAGACUAGGCUCUGCCGCGCGGAUCAGAGCCCCGCCCACCGGCGCGCUCUCUCCUUGUCCCCGCCCCUUCUCUGCCUCCGCCUCUGACGCAGGACCGGGGCGGGGCAGCCGACGCCCGAUUCCUUAGCCUGGUCCCGCUCCGCCCCAGAGACUGCGCCUGCGCGCGUCCUGGACGCCCUCCCUCCGCGAUGACUGUGAGUGGUCCAGGCACCCCCGAGCCCCGGGCCGCCGCCCCCGGGGCCAGUGCGGUGGAGCAGCUGCGAAAGGAGGGCAACGAGCUGUUCAAAUGCGGGGACUACGAGGGCGCCCUGACGGCCUACACUCAGGCCCUAGGUCUGGGCGCUACGCCCCAGGACCAGGCCAUUCUGCACCGAAACCGGGCCGCCUGUCACCUCAAGCUGGAAGAUUACGACAAAGCAGAAACCGAGGCAUCCAAAGCCAUCGAAAAGGACGGAGGAGAUGUCAAAGCACUUUACCGGCGCAGCCAAGCCCUAGAGAAGUUGGGCCGCCUUGAUCAGGCUGUCCUUGACCUGCAGAGAUGUGUGAGCCUGGAACCCAAGAACAAAGUUUUCCAGGAGGCCCUGAGGAACAUCGGCGGCCAGAUUCAGGAGAAGGUGCGAUACAUGUCCUCGACGGAUGCCAAAGUGGAGCAGAUGUUUCAGAUACUGUUGGACCCACAAGAGAAAGGCACCGAGAAGAAGCAAAAGGCUUCCCAGAACCUGGUGGUGCUGGCCCGGGAGGAUGCUGGGGCUGAGAAGAUCUUCCGGAGCAACGGGGUUGAGCUCCUGCAGCGCCUGCUGGACACGGGCGAGGCUGACCUGAUGCUGGCGGCUCUGCGCACCCUAGUCGGCAUCUGCUCGGAGCACCAGUCACGAACAGUGGCAACUCUGAGCGUGCUGGGAACGCGGCGUGUGGUCUCCAUCCUUGGCGUGGAAAACCAGGCUGUGUCCCUGGCUGCCUGCCACCUCCUGCAGGUUAUAUUCGACGCCCUCAAGGAAGGCGUCAAGAAAGGCUUCAGAGGCAAAGAAGGAGCCAUCAUUGUGGAUCCUGCGCGAGAGCUCAAGAUCCUCAUCAGUAACCUCUUGGAGCUGCUGACUGAGGUGGGGGUCUCUGGCCAAGGCCGGGACAAUGCUCUGAGUCUUCUGAUUAAAGCAGUGCCCCGGAAGUCUCUGAAGGACCCCAACAACAGCCUCACGCUCUGGGUCAUUGACCAAGGCCUGAAGAAGAUUCUGGAGGUGGGAGGCUCUGUGCAGGGGCCUCCUGGAGAGCUCGCCGUGACCGCGAACAGCCGCAUGAGUGCCUCCGUGCUCCUCAACAAGCUCUUCGACGACCUGAAGUGUGACGCCGAGAGGGAGAAUUUCCACCGGCUCUGCGAGAACUACAUCAGGAGCUGGUUCGAGGGCCAGGGGAUGGCCGGGAAGCUGCGGGCCAUCCAGACGGUGUCCUGCCUCCUGCAGGGCCCGUGCGAAGCCGGCAACCGGGCCCUGGAGCUGAGCGGCGUCAUGGAGAGCGUGAUCGCUCUGUGCGCCUCUGAGCAGGAGGAGGAGCAGCUGGUGGCCGUGGAGGCUCUCAUCCAUGCGGCCGGCAAGGCCAAGCGGGCCUCGUUCAUCACGGCUAACGGCGUCUCGCUGCUGAAGGACCUGUACAAGCGCAGCGAGAAGGACAGCAUCCGCAUCCGGGCGCUGGUGGGCCUGUGUAAGCUCGGCUCGGCUGGAGGGACAGACUUUAGCAUGAAGCAGUUUGCUGAAGGCUCCACUCUCAAACUGGCCAAGCAGUGUCGAAAGUGGCUGUGCAAUGACCAGAUCGACCCGGGCACUCGGCGCUGGGCAGUGGAGGGCCUGGCCUACCUCACCUUCGACGCUGACGUGAAGGAAGAGUUUGUGGAAGAUGAGGCUGCCCUGAAGGCUCUGUUCCAGCUCAGCAGGUCCGAGGAGAGGUCAGUGCUCUUUGCGGUGGCCUCGGCGCUGGUGAACUGUACCAACAGCUACGACUAUGAGGAGCCUGACCCCAAGAUGGUGGAGCUGGCCAAGUACGCCAAGCAACAUGUGCCCGAGCAGCACCCCAAGGACAAGCCGGCUUUCGUGCGGGCUCGGGUGAAGAAGCUGCUGGCGGCGGGCGUGGUGUCGGCCAUGACGUGCAUGGUGAAGACCGAGAGCCCCGUGCUGACCGGCUCCUGCCGCGAGCUGCUGUCCAGGGUCUUCCUGGCGCUGGUGGACGAGGUAGAGGACCGCGGCACGGUGGUGGCUCAGGGCGGGGGCAAGGCUCUGCUCCCGCUGGCGCUGGAGGGCACUGACGUGGGCCAGACGAAGGCAGCGCAGGCUCUCGCCAAGCUCACCAUCACCUCCAACCCAGAGAUGACUUUUCCUGGCGAGCGGAUCUAUGAGGUGGUCCGGCCCCUCGUCUCCCUGCUGCACCUCAGCUGCUCAGGCCUGCAGAACUUCGAGGCACUCAUGGCUCUCACGAACCUGGCGGGGAUCAGUGAGAGGCUCCGGCAGAAGAUCCUGAAGGAGAAAGCCGUGCCCAUGAUCGAGGGCUACAUGUUCGAGGAGCACGAGAUGAUCCGCCGGGCAGCCACGGAGUGCAUGUGCAACCUGGCCAUGAGCAAGGAGGUACAGGACCUCUUUGAAGCUGAGGGCAAUGACCGGCUGAAGCUGCUGGUGCUGUACAGUGGUGAGGACGACGAGCUGCUGCGGCGGGCCGCGGCGGGGGGCCUGGCCAUGCUCACCUCCAUGCGGCCCUCGCUCUGCAGCCGCAUCCCCCAAGUGACCACACACUGGCUGGAGAUCCUGCAGGCCUUGCUCUUGAGCCCCAACCAGGAGCUGCAGCACCGGGGUGUGGUGGUGGCACUGAACAUGGUGGAGGCCUCGAAAGAGAUCGCCGGCACCCUCAUGGAGAGCGAGGUGCUGGAGAUCCUGUCGGUGCUGGCUAAGGGCAAGGAGAGCCCCGUCACCAGGGCUGCUGCGGCCUGCCUGGGGAAAGCAGUGGAAUACGGGCUUAUCAAACCCAACCAGGGUGGAGAGUGAGGGCCUGCCUCCUGCACACGCAAGCUGCAGCAGAGGACAGACACAGCUUUGGCUGCUGCGGCCUGGGAUGCUGAACACUGGCCUCUCCUCCCUAGCUGCCCCCUGAUGUCCUCCGCUGAAUCAGGGACCACGGGCAGUCACGACCCUGCUCUGCCAGCACUGCCUCCACCUCACGCAGCAGGGCCCUUGUGUACUACUGUAGACAGCGGGGGAAUCCGGCCGCACGUUCCCGGCCUUGGGAAGGGCACUUCCAGCAGCCGCACCAGCUAGGAGCCUCACCUGAGCCUGCCAGCGGGACCACCCCGACCCUCUAAUAAAAAGUAUGUGGGACUCAAAUGCGCACCCUGUUCCUCGGCAGGGACCUGGCUGUGGGCCAGUCUCUGGAGCGGGAGCCAGGUCUGGCUGUGUGCGCAGCAGUUAGCUCUACGGAGGGAAUCCUACGGAUUCCUCACCCCGGAGCCUGCUGAGUGCUGUCUAGUUCUGUUGGAGGAUCAGGGUAAACCUACGAAGCUAAUAAAAAGCUAUUCAGUAGCGUGGGAA